AUGGUAACAGCAACUAUUCAAAAAACAUCUAGAAGAUAUUCUACAAAAACAGAAAAUAUUUACAAAACAAUAGGAACAAGAACGAGAGAUUUAUCUUUUACAGCUCCAUUAAAUUUAUUAAACGUUGUCUUACUUAAUCAAGCUCCAGUGUCAAAUUUUACCGCUCAUUUUUUUAAAACAUUUGGAGCAACAAUACAUAAAUAUUGUGAAGAUACUAAUUCUUCUAAUAUAUUUAAAAACUAUGAGAAGGAUUACAAGACAUUAAAUAUUAAUAGAGAUAAUGCAAAAAAUGAAAUAAUCCAUAUCACUAGACAGGCUGAUUUAUUAAUUGACAAUUUAGCAGAUAAUCGCUUAAAUAAUUUGAAUGUUAAUUAUGAUGAACUAAUGAAAAUAAAUUCAAGACUUAUUAUAGCAAAAACUACAUCUUAUCCAACUUUAAGCAAUAAAUCAUGCGAACAACCUUCAGAACUUUCUAUUGCUUUUUCUUCAGAAUCAAUAUCCUCUGUUUUAUUAAACUCAGAGGAAACUAAUUUACAAUCACCAUAUAUUAUUAAUUAUGCCAAAUCUGUCGUUACUUCAGCAGAAAUGUUCAUUAUAUCACAAAUAUUAAUGGCUUUGUAUGAAACAAAUAUUUCUGGAAAUAGACAAGUAUUAAACUUAUCAAUACAAAAUUCAAUUGAAAAUGUUUCUUUAAUAUCACAUAAGAGUGAAUCAAAGAUACAACAAAUGUAUAAUAGAAUAUAUAGAACAAAAGAUAACGGAUACGUUGUUGUAGGUAUUUGUGAUGAAAAUGAUAUUAAUGAAUUUUUAAAUGAUUUACAUCUUGACAUAACAAACAAUGGUGCCUUAAAAGGCAUUGAUGAAGAUGAUAUUGCUAGAAUCAUUGAAACAAAAACUUCAGAAGAAUGGAGAUUAAAAUUUAAAUUUUGUGGUUAUAUAAAUGUUUUAAAAUCCGGAUUGUAA